AUGGCCCUACGAACAACCACACUAAAUUUGUCGUCAACAACAGUAACACCAUCCACGACUUCUGGGGUCUCCACUACUACUUUCUUACCUACGUCUACACUAAUAAACACAACGACACCAUAUCCAACUCAAACGUCCUCACCGAUACCAGAGUCUCCUCAAAUACGCCAUCCGUUUCCCGACAUCGAUGCUCAACGCAAUCUCUACUUCACAUCUACAAUAAAUCUCACACCGUAUUACAUCACAUUCCCUAAAGAUACUGAUUUGUCACUAAUAAAAUUAUCCUUAUCAUACGAUCCUGGGUCGACAUCAGAUUGGAUUACAUUUAACGAACCUUUGAAGACGAUAUCGGGAACUCCACCGGAUAAUGCUGCUUCCAAUACAACGAUAUCAAUGAGUAUAUCAUCUGGGCCUUAUCAGAACGUUACUACAUCAACACAAUUUUACUUGAUUGUUCAUAAUGGACCAUUUGAGAGUUUAGCUGUGUCUGGAAAAGUUAUUAGUUUGAUCGUGGGAUUAGCUGUUGGGAUGAUUGUUGCAGCCGGAGCUGUCGUUGCAUUUAUUAUGGUGCACAGAUGGAAAGAUAGGCACAGGUGA